AAAAACUUCUGCCUGUUUACCGAAAGUGACAAAUUUGGAAGUUUUGAAAUGCUUUCGUGUAUUAAUGCUGAUAUGGUUGAUUUAAUUUGAACUUAUUUUCUAUUUAUAAUGAGAGUUAAUCUCGGAAAACAUUUUAUUCAAUUUUCAGAAUGUCUUUACUGAGUGCAAAGUGGAAAAAAAAAUGAUUGUUAUGUAUUGUUUUAAAGAAAUGUCAUAGCGAGAUAUAUUCCCUCAUCUUGUAAAAAUUUAUCGCAUUUUUUAUUUUUAGGUGAAAGUUAAUUUAUAGUGAAAUUAUAUACUUGUUAUUUUAAUUAUGAGUUCUAAUCGAGGAAACAAAAAGCACAUUUGUGUGGUAGUUUUAGGAGAUUUCGGUCGAAGUCCAAGAAUGCAGUAUCAUUCAUUGUCUUUAGCUAAACACAAUUACUUGGUCGAUGUGGUGGCUUAUAAAGGUUCCAGUCCAUUCAAUCAGGUGCUUGAAAACGAGAGGAUCCAGAUUCAUUAUAUGAAAGAGGUUCCAGCCAUUAUAGGAAGGACGCCCAAAAUUAUCCAAUAUAUUUUAAAAACUAUUUGGCAAGCUUUACUUCUUUUUUGGACUUUACUUUGCCUUUCAAAAAUGAACUGCAUUUUACUUCAAAAUCCCCCAUCGAUUCCCACAUUACCAGUAUGCUGGCUUAUAUCCUGGCUUAGAUAUUGUUCUCUAUUUGUUGAUUUUCACAAUUAUGGAUAUACCAUACUAAGCCUCUCUACUGGAAAGAAGAGUAAAUUAGUAAAAUUCGCAAAGUGGUGUGAAAUGUAUUUUGGCCGUAAAGCAAAUAAGUCCAUAUGCGUCACUAAAGCCAUGAAAGAUGAUUUAAAUGAAAAUUGGAACAUUAGAGCAUCUGUGUUGUAUGAUUGCCCACCUAGCAUCUUUCAUCCUAUUUCAGUGGAAGAAAAACAUUAUUUUUUUAAGAAAAUGAGUGAAACAUAUCCUCAAUUUAAAUCAAAAUUAGAAACUGCUGAAAAUGAAACUCGUUUUACUAAACUAAUUGAAGAUAAAUGUGAAUUACUUCCGAGUCGACCAGCAUUGGUAGUUAGUAGCACUAGUUGGACUGAAGAUGAAGACUUUUCUCUUCUACUUGCUGCAUUAGAUGAUUAUGAAGAAGCAGCAACCAGGAGAAAGGACCUUCCAAACUUGAUUGUUGCCAUUACUGGUAAAGGUCACUUAAAAAGUUAUUAUGAAAAGGAAAUUAAAAAUAAGAAUUUUUUGCGGGUUGAAGUUAUAACUUUGUGGUUAAAGUUUGAAGAUUAUCCUACAUUCCUUGCAUGUGCUGACUUGGGGAUAAGUUUACAUAGUUCUUCUAGCGGUCUAGAUUUGCCUAUGAAGGUGGUUGAUAUGUUUGGAUGUUGCUUACCUGUCUGUGCUGUUUCAUUUAAUUGCAUUGAUGAGCUUGUUAAGAAUGGAGAAAAUGGUUUAGUUUUCACUAGUGCUAUUCAAUUAAGCAAUCAACUCCAGUUCCACUUUUGAAAUCAUGUUUUUAAGAUAUCUCGGGAAAAUGUCAGAAACAAAAAACUAGACUUGGUUCAUUCAGCAAAAGAAAAAUGAUGAGAUUUACUGCAUUUUUUUUUCAAUGAAGGGAAGAAGUCAAGUGACAUAGUUUCAGUUACUUCCUUUGGAAUACUCCUUUUUUUCUACCAAGGACUCACUGGGACUGAAGGAGUUGAAAAAUGAUAAAAGAGCUCACUUUCUUACCAUUGUUUUUUCUGAUAGAGAAUGGCAUGUCAUGACCAGUAGAAAUCCUUCCAAGUAGUCAGUGAUUCCAUCCACUUCUGCAUCGGUUGGAACAUUGCGUCUUCCCCCACAUUUAAUGGUCUGCCUCAAGUUAUUGUUUGCUGUGAACAAUUUUGGAAACGAUGUAGAAAAUUUGAUGAGUUCAUUUAGACAAACAAGUUAUGAUGAUUACCAGAUCAAAGAACGUUAUAAAUUACCUAGAUUUCCUGUGAAACCUGCCGAACUGUAUCCACACAAGUGCUAUAUGUGUGAUAAAAGGUUUACUCAAAAAGGUUCUCUAAAUCGUCACAUGAUUACUCACAAGAGUGAGAGACCAUUUGCGUGUGAUAUCUGUCCAAAGCGUUUCAAGUACAGGACAGUACUCAUUCACCACAAAGCUCUCCAUUUGAAUAAUUCAUCUUACAUUUGCAAUAAAUGCGGGCAAUCAUUCCGUUAUGAAGCGCUGCUACAUACACAUGAAAUGAAUGGUGAUUGCAUUAAGCCUUCCUAUGUUUGAUAGUCCGUUCAUUUUACUAAACAUGAAAAAUGCUUCUUGGUAGCUAAAUAUUUCGAUACAUAUUUUGUUACAGAUUUAUAUUUUAUAAUAUCACUUGUUUUUGAUCUCGUCUAUUUUGUGAUCUUAGUUUUAUUUUUGUGAAUAAAAAAUUACUUUAUUUAUGAUUGAA